ACAUGCAUCACUGAUACCGGUAAUCGAGCAUCACUUGAGUACAUAUGUAAUUAUCUGUCUUCAGCUCUCACCCCUUCUUCGCCCAACCAACCAUGACCGUUUCGAAGGACCUCAAUUUCUGUUUCCCGGUGCGGGAGUUAUCGAAUGAACGCGUCAAGAUGACUCCCUUCGAUGCAUCAAUUCAUUCGUCUCCAAUGUUUUCCGCCGUAUCCGGUCACCUGGAGCUAUGGGCACACAUGCCUACGGGCCCAUUCCAAACUGUGCAAGAUUUUGAUACCAAUUUCCUCGAGGCCGUAGUCCAUCGUGACCCAGGAAUGGUAUUAUUUGCCAUCAUAGAUAAAACAAAACAACCUUCGAAUGUAGACGGAGAUGGUGAAUUGGCUGGGAUGAUGUCUUAUACGGGCUCUUCUUCUGUGAACCUAAGCACAGAAAUAGGAUUCAUUAUCAUCCUUCCCUCAUAUCAAAGGACGCAUGUCAAUUCCAAUGCUGUUGGGCUUCUUUUGCAGUACGCACUGGAAGUGCCAUCGCAGGGCGGUUUGGGGUUGCGACGGGUUCAGUGGCAAUGCAGUUCCAUGAACGCCCCUUCUAUUCGUGCUGCCGAGAGGCUGGGCUUCAAGAAGGAGGGAAUUAUGAAAUGGCAUCGUGUGUUUCAUGGAGGCAAGGAGAAAGGCAAAGUACAUAGUGGUCGUGAGCUGCCCCGGGGCGGUGAACAAGACUAUGGAAGGGAUACCGUUGUUCUCAGUCAUUGUUGGGAUGAUUGGGAGCAAGGAGGGAGAGAGAAGAUACAAGCAAUAAUGGACAGACAACAUUGACGCCCUCAUUAUUUACCUGGCAUCGCGGACGAUAGACCCGAGAGUUACAUUGCAUCCCUGGAUAUGGAUAAAUACCAUGGGCUGGGAUCA